GACUUUAGAAAAGCUUUCAACGUGUCUUUGUAGCUUAAAUAAUAUAAUUAUUUUGAAAUGACACACACUUCAUAUUUGUCAUUGACAAUGGUAUUAAAUCUUCUUGAUUUUAAAAUGCAUUUUAUUCAUUAAUUCUGUUUGAUUUUAUAUUUCAUACUUUGUCAACAUCUUUAUAUUCUCUUUGUUAUCUUAAAAUCUGCCACUAUAUUAAAUUCUUAUCUAUUUUACCACUAAUGCUUCAAUCCUCUUUAAGGGAAACAUUAAACUUUAAAACCAGGACCAGAAAAUCUGUAAAAGCUCUUAGUUUAUAAGUUUAUUUUUUUAAAUGUUUUUGAACUUAAUCCUCUCAAAUUCUCUAUUCAAUAUUUCUAAAAUUAAAAUAAAUAGAAAAGACAAUUGACAACCUUGUCUUGUUCCUUUUUUGUAUCUCACAUGGUUUAAAUAAAUCACCAUUAUUACUUGUGCCUUCUGUGAAGUAUAUAUACAUUUUAUGCAUAUUAAAAACAAUUCUCUCCAAAGUUCAUAUUUUAUGAAAGUUUAAAUAAUUUUUUAAACAGACAGUCUAAUUCAAAUUAUAUAAAGCUUUAUCUGGAUCCCAAAACAAGUAAUACAAUUUAUUUUUCUUUAUGCUUUUUAAAAUAUUUUAAACUAUCCAGCACAGGGAGUUACUUUCCAUGAAAUAGGCAAGCCAUAUAAAUUUGACAAACAAAUAAUCUUGUAGCUAUCUUUUGGGCAAAAACAUACAUAGGUCUUUAUAAAUAAAUUUCUGUAAAAUCAUUUUCAAUCUAUCUGGAUAAUUCUGAACAAUGUAAAAUCAUUAUUAAAUAGUGAUAUUGUUCUAUUAUUUUUUUUGUCAGAGUUAAAUCAUGUCUUUCCUUAAGCAUUAAUGUUCGUAUCUUUCCAAGUCUCUGCCAUCUUUGUUCCUUGUAAAACGAAAUCCAUUGUGUUUUGCAAGGAUUGUAAAAGUUCAUCCUCACUGUGAAAAUCUUUUAUUUGGAUACUGAAUGGGAUGGCUUCUAAAAAUUUAGCAGUGAUGUCUACAGUAGUAUUCCUCAGUCUGGUGCCCUUUAUAUUUGAGUACAGCUCAGUAUUUUAGAAAUGACAGUUCAACUCAUAGGGCAAUAAUCUAUACAAGUAGAAGGCAAACAAUUUGCUUUGCAAUAAUGAACAAAGGACACAUCUAGCCAAAACAUCCCGACCAUAUACCAUAGCAAAAUACUAAAUCUUUAGAAGCAAUCUGCCUCUGGAUAUGCUUUAUUCAUUUGCAAUGGUUAAUACAACUCCACUGACAUCAAUGAGACCUCAUAUCAGGAGACUGUGAGUUCUAGACCUACCUUAAUAUGAAAGUCAACUGGGUGACUUUGAACCAAUCACUGUCUCUCAGCCCAAAUCAAAAUCACAGGGAAAAUAGGGGGAGGGAGGAGUAUUAGGUAUGUUAACUAUCUUAAGUUGUUGAUAAAAAAAACAAAUAAAAGAGGAUUCAAAAAAAUCUUUUUAAACAAUGCUUCAGUCUGGCUUUAUAGCAUCAAAGAAUGAUCCCCAAUGGUUUGUACUGGAGCAACUCAUGUUGAAUGAGUUGUCUUUAAGUUAAUGAUGUUAUCCUAUUUUCCAGUUUUCAUAAAAAAAUAAAGAGUAUUUGAGCAUGUCUUUAUCAAUUGCUUAUGUAGUGAAGCUGUCUGAGAGUGUUUGCAGGAGCUUGGUUGGGAAGGGAGAGAUUGGGACAGCUGCUGCUGGCUUGGGGUGUGGCCGGUGUGGCUGGAGAAAAAGAUAGAAAAGGAAAGGAAAGGGCUGGGGGUGGCUGUUGCAGUUUGUCAGGUGAAGGUAAAGGGACUGGACGUUUUAUUUGCUUUUCUUCGUAAGGAGGAUAUUUUAAACAAAGGCUAGAGUUUUGAUCCUGUCAGACGGAACAGUCUGCCUCCUGAGGCCAGUUAGGACCUACUCUACCUUGAUGACUUUUCAAGACUACUUAAGAUUGAAUUAUUUCAGAAUAUCUCCAGGGAGUAAGAUGGCAAUAAUAAAUUACAUCAAAUCAAAAGAAGACACCUGAUUACAAAGAUGAUUUCAACACAACCUUCUCAAUCUAAACAUUUACCUUUGAGAAAGAAAAGCUGUGAUGGCGAUGGUGAUAAUGAUGAUUUUCUCCUGCAGAUAGAAUUUUCUCCAAUAAAUAAACUUGAUCCCACUUUCCAAACACAGAGAGAUGGAGGGGGCAUAAAGGGAUCUAAUAAACAGAAGAGAUUGGGAAAUUUCCAUUGUGACAUAUUUUGAGAAGCUGCUUGCACCAGAUCCAAAAAUCUAUGCAUUCUUCAGAACUGAAUACUGCACAGCUGUACCUCAUGCACUAGUGGUCGUUAUGUAGCCUGAAAGAUUUCAAGGAAGAUUCUAUGGAUGUCAGGAACACUGGAAGAAAUUCCACCGAAUAUCUAGUUUGCUAGGCUUGUUCUACAAUAGUCAAACAAUUGCCAUUUUAAAUCCAUAAUCAUAAGGCGACUGAAACAGCAAACCUCCUGAUACUGUUACCCAGCAACUGGCAUUCAAAGGCAUACUGAUUCUGGAACUAAAGACUCUUUCAUCUUGACUUCAUUUUACUUCAACUCAGGAAAACAUGCUCAUCCUUGAAUACCUUAAUAUUAAUAUUAACCUCCAUGGAUACAGUCAUGUGUGAAAGCAUACACUAUUCUUGCUGCAUGUGUACAGAUGAUAUGAUAUUCUGUUCUAAAAUGAUAUUUAGAUUUAUUAGAAUUAUUAUAAUUCAAUUUGAUCUGCCUUGUAAGCAUGUUAACAGAAAAAGGGGAUGAAGAGUGUUUAAUUAUUGGUAUGAUCCCAGAGUCAUUGUACAGUUCAUUUCCAUUUUAUUUAUUUCAAUUUCUGUUUGAAACAAUGAGGUUAAUAGUUAUCACUAGGUGUAUACAAUGAGGUCCAUGUCAGUAUAAAAUAACUUUAGGUAGUUCAGAUUUCUGUAUAGGAGGAGUCUCCAAAUUUUCUGACACCUGGGACAAGAAGGCAACUUGGAACAAGAUGUGGUUGCUUUAAAAAGUUGCAAACAGUUGCUACAUUCACAUUCCUGCAUACUCUAAAGCAACUUUUGGAACUAAAUGUGAAGCAUUGUACAGUCAUAAAAUAGUAAAAUGUGCAUGAAAAAGCUGUGUCUUAUACUACACUCCAAAAUCCAUUUUUUCAAGAAUGGCAAGGGAGCAAUCGACUAAUAUAAAUUCCUUGGGAUCAUUACUAUUAGAUUAUGAUUCUGUGUACCAGAUUUUAGGGACUCACGUAACAGGGUGCUAUGUGUUAUUAGUAAUCAUUAAAACCCUUCUACCCAUUUUCAUUUCAUAAUAAAUCACUAGCUUUCCUUCAUGAAUUAACCUUUAAUUCCUUUCUGCACUCAGUCCCAAUGCAAAGUAUCUUCCUUCACUCCUCUGUACUUUUCCACCAUUGUCUUAUUUAAUAAUACAUGCUACCUCUUGAGUCCUUCAUUGUUAUUUUCCUUUAUGCAUUCUUGUCUUAUAGCUAAAUGGGUGUUUACAUGAAUAUAAUACAAUAGCGGUGUCUUGCUUUUGCAUAUAUAUUUUUUUAAAAAAUUUAUUCAUAAUACAAUUAAAACAACAAUGGACAAACAUGACAUUCCAGAGUGAAUUUUCCUAUCAGUUCCUAUCACAGUGUCAAGCUCCCGAGGGCUUGACAUGCAAACGGGGACGGGGGGGAGCAGACGGCAGCCCAAAACCUCAGGCAACCACCGAGCAACAAGCCAUCACAGCUGGAGCCCGGUCUGAGCAGGGAUACUUGGCUGGCCCGCCUCUCCGCGCUGACGCACAGGCGCAAACGGGCGCUGGUCUAUUUGCGAGUCUGGAAUUCCCCGACGAUCAGCUGGGGGCGGCAAGCCCGGAAUUCCCCGCGGUUCAGCUGCUGUCGGCAAACCCGGAAGUCCCCGAGAGGCAGCUGCGGUUGGCGAGUCGAAUGCCCGCCGGCACGUCGCCGUGGGACGGGGACCCUCUGCAACUACAGGGGGAUCCAGCGGGGGUAGCGGGUGGGGGUUACUUACCAGACAGAGGGGCCAGUAGGCAGGGAGAGCUUGGCGGUGGGAAGGUAAUGCGCGGACCGGACGCAUGGACAGAAGGAUGCGGGGGUGGGGCUCCGUCGGCGAAAGGGAGAGCACAGGGAAAAGGUGGAGCAUUUAUCCAAUUCAAGCGGAUGUUGGCUUGGAGUUGGGGGCGGGAGCACAGGGUGUGGCACACAGUUAUAGAGCGCUGGGAGAAAACCACUCCCAGUGCUGACUUUGUUUCAUCUUCACAAUAAAUCAAUUGGUGAGUUCAGUGUGUACCGGCGUUCCUUUUGUUCUUACUCACGGACGACUUCGGAUGCACUUGACAGUAAGUCAGCACUCCUUUUUCUUCCUUCACCUUUGUGCUUGCUAGAGAGGAGAGAGAUAUGGCGGAAGGCACGCAGGGCGUUUCCCUGGCCGAGGGGGAGGUGGAGGCUGGCGACGGUGUUGAGGCCGUGCCGGUGCCGGACCAGGCGGCCGAGCAGCCUGUGGUGCGGCCAAAGUUGCUGUUGGCCGCAAACCCAGGACCCGGAGUGGAAGAGACAGGGGCCGUGAAGCCACAGGAGGAGUGGUGGCAAAGCCCGGCGUUGACCGGGGUGCAGACCGGGCAACCCCUGACGCCCAAGCCGAAACCCAGUCACUCGGGAUGGAGGGAGAGGCGUGUCACCUCCGAGGACGAUGAGGACUGGAGCUAUUCAACGGCUCCGGGCCAAGAUACGAUGGAAAUUUUGCGACACCGGUUUGGCGAGGCGAGCUACAGGGGUGCUUCCAACAUGUGGCAGUCGGAAGAAGACUCUGCGGCGCGCACUCCAUCAUCCAGGUUCCGGCUGAGCAGUCCGUGGCUGCGGUUGCCGCCUCCAGCAGGUGGGUCGGCCCUCACGGGUCUCCCGUCGGGCGGCCCGCCGGGUCAGCCGCAAUCAGCCCAGCAGGCUGGUUCCAGAAAUGUGGCUAGAGGGCCUGCAGUGAGAGGGGGCGUGGAACGGCAGGGACCUGUACCCAGAUAUGCCAACAUCGGGUCAGGCCAAACCCUGGGACCAUGGGGUCCGGGGAGUUCAUGGGGACCCCCUCCUAUCCCUGUCACGUUUGACGGCAAUCCCGAUCACCUGGCAAUGUUCCUGGGCCAGGCUAUAAGCCAUCUAGAUCAAUAUGCCCAAUUAUAUGCCUCUCAAUGGACCAUGGUCGGCGCCGUCACCGCUGCUCUGCACGGAGAGGCGGCUGCCUGGGCGGCCGACCUGUACAGCGACCAUGCCCGUGAAUUGGGGAGCGCGGGCCUGUUCUUGGACGCAUGGGAGGUUCGAAGAUCCCACCCGAGCGCAGAGAGCCGAGGCGGACCUCCUUGCGCUCCAGCAGGGGAAGUGCCCAGCUAUCGAAUAUGUGCGGGACUUCCGUAAGUUAGCUGGCCGAUUGUAUUCUUCGUGGCCAGAGCGCCUGCUGGUGCAUCAUUUUCGGGCCGGGCUGGACCAAGAUCUGCGUCAAGCCUGCGUGUACAGGGGAGUUCCGAAUAGACUUCGGGACUGGUAUAAGGUAGUGGUGGAGUUGGAGGUGGGCCUUAAGGAGGUGCAUCGAGGAGUAGGGGACAUCCUGCGGCCACAAAAAUUUAAUACAUUGUUCUUAACCUCUAUAUAAGCCUCAUCUUUUAUACAAUACAAUUAUAUAUACAAUUAUAUGUACAGUUAUGUAUAUCUUUUAAUUCUAUCAUUAGCUUGA